AUGGAUAUCCGUGGCGCUGGAGCCGCGGGGUCGCGGAUACCGCUGUCGGCCUACAGAGCCAGACCUGCCUCACCUCGGAGUACUUCUCGAUCCAAUUCGCAAACCUCUGACGACUCCUUUCAGCCUCAACAACCCAUCGUGAUACCUGGCAUACGCUUCGACGACGUCCCUCCACCACUGCCGCCGCCCGCCUACAACGACGACCUGGCCAAUGGUGUAGAUCUGGCGUGGAAGUGGGCCAACAACUAUCCCUUCGAAGGCCAGCGACAGUUGGCGCCGAUCAAGCCAGGCUCAAGUCUUCACGGCAGCUACCUAGGAUCCAGAAGCCACUUGCCACAUGCCCGCGACGACGACAAUGACAACACCGACGACGACAUGGACAUCGAUGACGACAAUUACCAUCGCAGGAGCAGCAACGUGUCGACAGUAAGAUCACCGUCCCAGGGAGAAAUGCGGUUUGGCGGUCCGGUACCUGCAGGCGGCCGAAAACCGCCCUCUCCAAAUCUGGCAAAUCAGAGAUUACAAGGAGAGGUUCCCCUGGCCCAGCGCAAUUACGACCGUUCCGCCCAGGCAUACGACCAGAGACUGUUGUCCAAGAUUGGGAAGUCCCAUUCGCCACCCCAACAUCAACGUUCAGGCUCAACCGAAGGCCCGUCUUAUGCUUCACAACUUUCGCUGCAGACUGUGGACUCCAAAGUCCAAUUGCCGUCAGCCAAUGAACUUCCCUCGGCCCUCUUUGAUCCGGUGUCCAAAUGGAUCACGAGUCCGGUCUCAGCAGGCAUCUCAUCGGGCUCGCGCCCUGGCUGGCGGGACUACAACAUGGAGCAUCGUAGUCCUUCUAUCGACAGCACUGCGAACUCGCUCGUGUUGGACCCGGAGUUGUUCCUUCAGCCUCGGGCGGGUGGUUUGCCUCCCAUAGGCGGUGCCGCACCGGGGAACGAUGAAGUGGCCAGCCUGGGAGGCCGCUCGUACCGGGGGAGCUACGAUCCAGGAUUCUUUGCUGAGACAGAAUCCGACAUCGCAGGCGAUGAUGGGAGCACGUUCCGCAAUCUAAAUCUCGGCGACCCGCAGGAGCAGCAGGUGGGUCGGCGAUCCUCCAAGCAGGGCAUGAAGCGUCGGGCUGGGUCCCCCCCAUCCGAAGUGGCUCGGGACGACAAGUCCCCAUCACGUGUCGACGCAUCAGCAGAAGUGUGCCACCACAAAGUCCCUACGACUGCGGCGGCACGCUCGCCAGGCUCGAGAUAUUAUCAACCCAAGCACGGAUCUGUCUCGUCCACCGCGUCGAGUGUCAGACACAACUCCUAUGCGUCGUCUGUUGCGCUUUCAAUUGCCGGCAGUAGCAUGACCAGUAUCUCUUCCUUCGAGCGACAAUCACCGCUAGACCCUGCCUCGCAGCCUGCAUACAUAACCUCGGCUCAGCCUAUCUCGAGUCCUGCCACGUCAGUUGUGCCAUCCAGGACACGGCCUACUCAGUCUCUCCUUGAUACCAAGUCCGCGGUCCGCAAACUAUCUACACACGUUGCAAUGUCUGACUCCAGGCUCCCUCCAGCUACGCGCGUGGGCAACUACUUCAUAUGUGAUUGCUGCCCCAAGAAGCCCAAGAAGUUCGACACCGAAGAAGGUUUGAGAACACACCAAAUGGAGAAGCAGUACACCUGCCAGUACUGCAACAACCGCUUCAAGAACAAAAACGAGGCAGAGCGCCAUCAGAACUCGCUUCAUCUGCGACGUCACUCCUGGUCAUGUGCGGCUAUCUCGAACUAUCAGGCAGCAUUUCACCCAGCCUCCACACCGCCUGGCUCAGCUGGUCCUCAGGCCGAUGUCUGCGGCUAUUGUGGAGAGGAGUUCCCCAAUCUCCCGCAACCCGACUGGGAUCGCCGGAUUGACCACCUCACCAACGUCCACAAGUUUGGUGAGUGCAACCAAGCAAAGAAAUUUUUCCGGGCCGAUCACUUUCGACAGCACCUCAAACACAGUCAUGCUGGACAGAGUGGGAAGUGGACCAACGUGUUGGAAAAUGUAUGCUUGCGCGAGGAAGUCCCCCAGGAUUUUGCUGGGAUAUCACCAACUGGGAGUGACUCAAGCCCCGGACGAGGACCCGGCAGCCUCCCAGAACGGCCCAUGGGUGGUGCCACGAUCAACGAAGCCCAGGACGAGACGUGA